AUGAAGCGGGCCCCAAGGGGCCCGAAUAGCCUGGCGCUGGUGGCAGCAGCGGCGCUGGUGGUCGUGCUGCUGGCCGCCGCUGCACCGCCGGCGGCCGCGGCGGUCGUCGCCCUGCCGCUGUCCCUGCAGGCUGUACUGGAUGGGGUGAAGCGCCACAUCACCAACUGGCCAGAAUUCUCGGCAGCCAACAACCUGACGGGGUGGGGGGCAGACCCGGCGGUGCCGCCGUGCCUCUACACUGGUGUCACAUGCGACGCGGAUGGCGCGCUGCAGAGCUUGGCGCUGCAGUGCCCGCGGUGCAGCGUGCGGGCGGAGGGCACGCUGGCGCCCGAGAUCGCCAAGUCUGCCAGCCUGGCCACCAUCAAUGUGCAGUACAACCGGCUGGCGGGGCCGCUGCCGGCGGCAUACGGAGAGCCCGGCGCCGCAUCCAGCCUGCUGCACCUCAUCGUCUCUUACAACCAGCUGUCAGGGAGCAUCCCUGAUGAGUGGAGCAACCCAGAAGCUCUUCCUCGCAUGACCCUGCUGGGCAUUGCCGCCAACCGGCUGUCAGGCACCCUGCCCGAGGACCUGCUGCUGCCAUCGCUGCUCGUUCUGCGUGCCAAUGGCAACAACUUCACCGGCCCGCUGCCGACGACGUGGGGGACCAACGGCAGCAUGCCGCAGCUGCGGGUGGCGUCGCUGCAAAACAACUCGCUCACUGGACUGCUGCCGGCAGAGUGGGCCACCGAGGGGGUGAUGACUCACUUGGAGGAGAUGUACCUGCAGGACAACCAGCUGACGGGUGGCUUGCCUGAGGAGUGGGGCGCCUGGGAGGAGGAGGGGAUGUCGGCGCUGCGGGUGCUCAACGUGUCAAACAACCCGCUGGGAGGCACCCUGCCACACCAGUGGAGCCAGCAGCAGGCAUUCCCAGCCCUCACGACGCUGGUGCUCAGCAACACGAGCCUGCAAGGCACCCUGCCGGCCAGCUGGGACUGCCAGGACCCCACCAGAUGCGGCCUGCCGCAGCUGCAGUCGCUGUGGCUGGAUGGCAACAACUUUUCGGGGCCGGUGCCGCCGUCCUGGAGCUCCCUGAGCACCCUGCAGGCCGUCUUUGUGCGGCCCGGCAACGAGCUGCUGCUGUGUGAUGCGCGAGGCAUGGACUGCCCUGAUGCUGUUGAGAUUGGCGUCUGUGCUGCCAGUGUGGAUUGCCAGUCUCCAGUGGACCUGGCCAACUGCAGCUCAGCUCAAUACCCGGAGCUGGUCCCGCCUGGGGCCGAGCCAGCAGCUGCUGCCGCCGGCCCUGCACCUGCCGACAGCACAGCAGAACCAAGCAGCGCCGUGGCAGCUGGAGGUGGCGGUGGCAGCAGUGUCGGGGCCAUCGUGGGCGGCGUGGUGGGAGGCCUGGCAGCAAUGGCGGCGGCAGUGGCGGCGCUGCUGCUUAACCGGCGGUGGCGGCGGCGCAAGAAGCGAAAGCGGGAGCUGCCAUUCUACAGCGGAGAGCCGGCCGGCGAGCACAGCGGCCAUGGCAUGCUGGCCUCCCCCUUUGCUGCAAUGGCGGCAGAGCUGGGGCCCCCAGCCGCCAACCGCAUGCCUGGCGAGCAGCCGCUGCCGCAGCGCAGCAGCACGUCUGCCGGCAGCUUCUUCACUAUGAUGAUGGGUGGGGAUCCUGUGUCGGUGGCAGCAGCAGCAGAAGCUGCCGACAGGGAGCUGGAUGCCGAGGUGAAGCGCCACCUGGACAUCGAGCUGGCAGCGCUGGAGGGCACACCUUCCCAGUCCACCGCGCAGCGCGGCAGCAGCCUCCGAGAAUCGCCCACCACUGCCGGUACCGGCAGCCAGAGCCGCCGCCUCACGCCGCCCUCCAAGUCGGGCAGCGCCGACAGCCAGGCACUGCAGUGGGAGGACUCUGUGCCGCUCAGCGACUGGCUGAUCACGCCCAGCGAGAUCCAGAUCGCCAAGCGGCCCGACGGGAGCGACUGGGAGCUUGGGUCUGGCGGCUUUGGCAAGGCGAGGCUGGCUGCUGCAGAGCGGGUCUACAAGGCGCUGCGGCACAGCGCCCAGCCAGUGGCCGUCAAGGUGUUAGCAGCUGUGGCGGAGGCCACGCGGUACCAGUCUCAGGAAGACUUCAAGAGGGAGAUUGCAAUCCUGCGUGCCUGCCGGGACCCUAACAUCGUCGCCUUCCUGGGCGCCAGCCUACAGAUCGACCGCACAAUGCUGGUGACAGAGUACUGCGACGGCGGCAACCUGACGCGCAACUUGAUGGCGGGGCGCAUUGCGCUCGACGUGGCCCGCGGGCUGACCUACCUGCACUCCCGAAGGAUCAUCCACUUCGACCUCAAGUCGCCCAACAUCCUGCUGGCACGUGAUGGUACCGCCAAGAUCAGUGAUGUGGGCAUGGCCAAGAUCAUGGCUCGAGAGUACAGCGGGGUGACGGGCAACGUGGGCACGCUGGCCUGGGCGGCGCCGGAGAUGCUGCUGGGGGCGCGGUGCACCGAGAAGGCGGACAUCUAUUCGUACGGCGUGGUGCUGUGGGAGAUCUGCACCUGCAUGACGCCCAUCCGGGGGCAACUGAGGGAUGUAGGAGUGCCCCAGGAGUGCCCUGCCGAGGUGCGGGAGCUCAUUCUGGACUGCCUGGCCACCAACCCCCGCAAGCGCCCCUCGGCUGUGGAGAUUGUGGAUCGAUUGCGGGCCAUGCCCGACCCUCGGCCACCGCAGGCAGCCGCCGCGGCAGCAGCCGGCGCGCGUGCACGCCUGCAGCAACUCCAGCAGCAGCCGCGGAGGCCGCAGCAGCAAGCAGCGGGGCUGGCCAGGCAGCUGAGCGGCACCGUGGCGGCGCAGCUGGCGGCCACCAGCCCGGCCAGCACAUACACCAGCAUCCGCACUAGCGCCCCGCCUGCCGUCGCGGCUCCAGGGCCGGCGACCGGCCAGUCUGCAGGGCAGCAGCAGCCCUCCAGCCAGCGCUCUUCCGAGGAAAGCAACCUCUCUAUGCUUGAUGCAGAGGGGGAGAUGGCGCAGGCCCUGGCAGCAGCGUAUGCCAGCCCGGCGCCUGGUACAUCCCUGGAGGCCGCGCAGGCGGCGCUUCGCCGAGCAACCACCAGCCGAGCUCUCAGCAUGGAGCUGCCACGCCGCUCUGCCAGCAUCCUGCUAGCCUCGCUGCCCAAGCAGCACCCGCCCGCGCUCCUGUCGGGCCAGCAGCAGCAGCAGCAAGGGCAGGAGCCGCCGCGCAUGAAGCGCGUCAGCAGCAGCCCGGCUGUCAGCAGCUUCCCGCUGGAAGAGGUGCCCCUGGCGCCCUCACCCACAGGAACCGGCAGCCCUGGGGCAGCAGCUAAAGCGAUGCGACCGCUGGGGCCUCGCCCGCCACGGCCUGGGCCGCGGCACAUGCAGCGCCGCAGGUCCCUGGACGACCCCUCCAUUCUGCAGCUCUCAGCCCAGCAGCAGGCAACCAUACGGCAGGCAGCAGGCAUGCCCUCCCACCAGCAGCUGUCGGUCCCGGGAUUGUCGUCUGCUGCUGCAGCGGCUGGCUCGCCUCUCGUGCAGCAGCUGGCGCGGCUGCAGCAGAGGCUGCGCCAGCCAGUGGGCCGCCAGGUAGCCAGCCGGUUGCAGAGCCUGCAGCAGCCCGAGGAGCUGGCCAGGGUGACUGAGGUGGAGGAGGAGGGCGAGCAGCCGUCCCUGCCGCAGCAGCCCGAGCAGCCCCACCGCGCUGGGCAGCUCCAGGGGGAGGAGCUGGCUGAGGAGCAGCAGGAGGAGCUGCGGGUGCUGGCAGGUCAGCAGCAUAGCCAGCAGCAGGCGCUGACGGAAAAGCAGCACAGGGAGCAGCGCUUCCUUCACGGCCAGCAUCUUGCGGAUCGCCAGCGGCUGGGCCAGCAGCAGCAGGCUGAACGAGAGCAAGAGGCGGAGCGGCAGCAGCAGAGCAGCGGGGGCAGCCCAGAGCGUGGUGCCCCGCAACCGGGUGGCGCCGAGGAGGCGCCGGAGCAGCAGGAGCUGCAGCAGGCAACAGUGCCCGCAGCAGCGGCGGCAGCAGCAACAGUCCCACAGUCGCCGUUUGCCUUGGUGUCGGCAUUCCUACACAGCUCGGCUGAGACAGUCGGCUCGCCCAAAUAUGUGUCGCCAUUUGCCCAGCAGGCAGGGUUUGCCGAGGUAGAUGAAGGGGCAGGCUCCUCAGAGCAGCCAUCACCCCAGCAGCUGCAGCCACCGGCAUGCCCAUGGCAGCAAGCCGCACCCGAGCAGGCGUCCCCAGCCAGCCAGGGCACGCAGCUUCCAGGCACUCCUCCCCAGGCGACGCGCCGGAGCUCGCCGCCAGAGUUGCGCAGCCCCUUUGAUAAUGCCUGA